GUGGGUAGAGCAAAAAUGACUGCGUUACAGCUGAAAGAAUUAUCACAUUCAGGUCUGUACAGGAGGCGACGGGACCGUCCAGAUAGCCUGGGUCUUCAAGGGUUACCUGAGCAGAAGCUGAGCAACAUGGCCAACGCUCUGGCCAACGCCAUGUGUGAGCGCUGCCGGGGAGGUUUUGCACCUGCGGAGAAGAUUGUGAACAGCAAUGGCGAGCUGUAUCACGAACAGUGUUUCGUGUGUGCCCAGUGCUUCCAGCAGUUCCCCGAAGGGCUUUUUUAUGAGUUUGAAGGAAGGAAAUAUUGCGAACAUGACUUUCAGAUGCUUUUUGCUCCUUGCUGUCAUCAGUGUGGGGAGUUCAUUAUUGGUCGUGUUAUUAAAGCUAUGAACAACAGCUGGCACCCGGAAUGUUUCUGCUGUGAUAUCUGCCAACAGGUAUUGGCAGACAUUGGGUUUGUGAAGAAUGCUGGCAGACACCUUUGCCGUCCUUGCCACAAUCGGGAGAAAGCCAGGGGCAUGGGCAAAUACAUUUGCCAAAAGUGCCAUGCUAUCAUCGAAGAACAACCCCUCAUCUUCAAGAAUGACCCUUACCACCCCGAUCACUUCAACUGUGCCAAUUGCGGAAAGGAACUUACUGCUGAUGCCCGAGAACUGAAGGGGGAGCUGUACUGCUUGCCUUGCCAUGACAAAAUGGGUGUCCCCAUCUGUGGAGCAUGCAGGAGGCCAAUUGAAGGACGAGUGGUGAAUGCUAUGGGCAAACAGUGGCAUGUGGAGCAUUUUGUUUGUGCGAAGUGUGAGAAGCCAUUCCUAGGCCACCGUCACUAUGAGAGGAAGGGGCUGGCUUACUGUGAGACCCAUUACAACCAGCUCUUUGGUGAUGUUUGCUUCCACUGUAAUCGUGUGAUUGAAGGAGAUGUUGUGUCGGCAUUGAACAAGGCAUGGUGCGUGAACUGCUUCGCGUGCUCUACUUGCAACACUAAGUUAACACUCAAAAACAAGUUUGUGGAAUUUGAUAUGAAGCCUGUCUGCAAGAAGUGCUAUGAGAAGUUCCCACUGGAGCUCAAGAAGCGACUGAAGAAAUUGGCUGAGACGUUGGGAAGAAAGUGAGGUCCUCCUCUCCAGAUCUCAUCUUGCUGUGCAAAGUUUAGGAAGUGCUAUUACAGACUUAUUUUUGUUGAGUCUAUGAAACCCAAGUGCAAAAAAAGGAGAGUAUUCCUCUGCAUGACUAGCUUCAUAUUAAAAUGUUUGCCUCGCUACCUUGACAGUAUACCUCUAAAAACUCUUUACAUGUUAUGUAACCUCAUAUCCAACCAUUUAAAUUCUGAAUUUUACACGUAUAUAAAUUUGUAGAUAUAUACAUUGUAUAUUUGCUUAGUAAGGGGCAACUGGAAAAGGUCCCAGUCGGUGCUGAAUAGCCUAAUUUAACAUAUCUAGCAGAUCCCCUCAACAAAUAGACCAAACCUCAUUUUACACUAAACUCCGGCGUAGUUUGUUUUGCCAUGCAAGCAAAGCACAUGGUUCAAGCAAAUACCCUGAAGCUGCAAUUCUAUACAGACUUAACCCAGGAGUAUGUACCAUUGAAUUAUGUGGGACUUCUGAGUAGACAUAUGUAGGAUUGCACAGCUAAACCCCAACCAGAGUGCUUGGCUGGAUCGUGGUAGUAGAAUUGAAUUGCUCCCGACACACAGACAUUCUUGGACUUGAGCUGAAUGUCUUCUACUAGUGUUCUUGUGGCAUAAGUGAGGGAUUAGAGGAUUCUAGCUGAUGAAGUACCUUUUCCUUUGCUGUGAGCCCUCAUAUACAUUAAAAAUUAUGAGUCUAAUGCACACACUUCAUGUUUUUGAGGCAAGGAGUUAUAGUUGCUUGAAGUCUGUUUGCGAACUAAUGAGAAAUGACAUUCACAUUUGCUGAUGCCCUGAGGAAAGCUUUAAAAAACAAAACGAACUAGCAUUCUCAGCCUUAGAAGUCCAUAUUCUGCCAGGAAGCCUUGUUGAUCAUGCCUGCUAACUUACCAGAAAGAACUCUAAAUAU